AUGCAAAAAUGUAUUUUUCUAGUUUUAGGACUUUUCUUAUCUUCAGGCUUGCUAUCUUCUAAACCCCAGUCAUUUCUAUCAAUAACCCAAGACGACACAUCAGAAUCCUCCUCAAAUACUGAGGAUUCUGGAGGUAGCUCAAGCAGCACGUCAACUAGUAAAGGAACAUUGGCAGGCGGAGUUGAAGUUUUAAGCGAAAAUGUCUCUGAAUUUUCAAAACAAGCUGAUUCUUCAUUAAGCACCCUUGACGAAAAAAUUGAUGCAUCUAUUGAGUCUUCUGCUGAACUUGCUAUAAGUGUCCUAUAUGCAGAAAUAAGUGACUUAUAAGGAUUUUUCAAUAGAAAUUAGCUUUUUAUUGAUAUUUUUAUAGUAUUUUUAAUAGAAAAUUAGAAAUUUUUGGUAUUUCUGAAGAAAAAAACUUGAGCCAAUGACUUAAAAUUGGAGCUAAAAGAAGUAGCUGACAGGAUCGAAUACACCGAAGACGAAAUAGAAAACACAGAAAUCAUAUGUGAAGACUUCAAUACCUGCUCCUCAUGUACCGCCAAUAACGAGUGUGUAUGGUGUGACAGAGACGACAUCUGCACAAGUGGAGAUGAAGAUGGGCCGUUUUAUGAAUCCUGCAGUAGCUGGGAAUACGGUAUCUGCCCUGAAGAAGGCUGCUCACAAUAUCUGACCUGCACAACCUGCCUAAAUGAUGAAAACUGUGGCUGGUGCAGUGACGGAGACUAUUGUCUAGAAGGGACUCCUUCAGACCCAGGCUUCUGCAACUCCGCAUUUUUUUAUCACUCUUCAGCUGAUGGCAAAGAUGAGUGCCCUAAAACAAAAGAUUAUGGAAUAGAAGCCUCAGUCGUCCAAAGCAGCCAAACAGUAACUCCUUCUCCCAGCCAAGAUUCCACUGAAAUUUAUGAAGAAAACUUAGACGAGUACGAAAAACAAGCAGAAAAUAUAAUCAGCCAAAUCGAAAGGCUGCAAGCUGAAAUCGAAAGCAUCCAAGACCAAACUAUAGAAGCCCAAGCAGUCGACGUGGAUUCUGUAUAUGUAGAAAAUGAGCUAGAAGGCCUUGGCGAACAAGUUGACGAAUUAGCUGAAGAAGAAAUUGAGGACGAAAUGUAUUAUCAGCAAGAAUUGUCUAAAGGGACUGCUGAAGAGGUAGUUGACGAAAUGAAUGAAGUUGUAGACCAGAGCACGACUGAAGUUGUAGGAGCUGUAGAAGAAUCAAGCCAAAGCACUGAAGAAGAAAUAGCGGACACUGAAGACCAUCUGACAGAGGAGCUAAAUGAACUAAAUGUAGAGGUAGAUACUUUGGAAGAGUCUGUAAAUGAAUUUAUUGAUGAAAAUUUGGUGACUUCAGAAGAGGAAGAAGAAAGUGAGGAAGAAGAAGACGUAGAACCGGAGGGAGCUACUGGGGAUACAGAAGAUGAGGAGGAUGAAGAAGAAGAAGAAGGCACAGAGAGCACAGAAAGCACGGAAAGCACAGAAGAUAGUGAAGAGGAGACUGAAGAAGAAGAAGAAAGUGAUGAAGAUGAGGAAAGCGAAGUGGAAGAUGAAGAUGAAGGUGAAACACUUGAAACUGAAACAAGCUCUGAAGAUGAAACUGAAGAAGGAGAAGAUCUAGAAGACUACGCCAGCGAUGAAACAUCUGAUGAAACUGAAGAAGAAACUGCAUCAGAUGAAGAAACAGCUGACCAGAGCGCAGAAGAGAGCAGCGAAACUUCUGCAUAA